AUGUCUCAAUUUAACAAUUUAUAGAUAUAGUUGUUAGAGUAGUAAAAAAUUAUUGAUUAUCUUAGAGUUAAAUAUAGAAAUUCUACAGGACAUGAUCCAGAUAUUCCAUAAUCAUUAAAUAAAUUCUUAAAUGUUUCAGUUUAAAAUGCUCCAAUCAUGGAAAAUGAGGAGGAAGCUAAAAAGUAUUCAAUAGAAUAAUCAGAUUCUCAAUUAACAUUUUUGCAAGCUCUCUUAUAGUUAGGAUUGCCAUCUAAAAUUCCUCCAGAAUUAAAUAAAAAGAAGGGCAGUGGAAAAGGCAAAUUAAAUUUAACUACAUCAUUUGAUCCAUAAAACCCAUAGCACAUGCUUGAGUCUAUAAAUUUAUCAAAUUUUGCUUUUAGAUAAUUCAGUAAAAGCGGUCUAAAGGAAUUACUUGAUUCAGUUUAAGAUAUGAGAUGUUUAUAUAGCUUGACCUUAUAAAAUAAUGGAAUAAAUGACACCUAUACAGAUGAAUUGAGCAUUCUAUUUAAUUUAACUCAAAUAAAAAAAAUUGAUUUAUCUAGAAAUGAAAUGGGUAGAUCUGCUGGUAUGGCUAUUGCCAAUUUACUUAAAACUUCAAGUUAGCAUCUGGAAUGGCUAGAUAUCUCUAGAAAUAGAUUUGGAAGAGAUGAUGUGACUAUAAGUCAUUUAGUAGCUGGUUUGAGAAAAUAAUAAAACUUAUUUCAUAUUUGUAUGGAUGCCAACACUCCUGAUGUAACAAAUAAGACUUUCGCUUAAUCUGAAUAAAUAACAAGGCUAAUUCAUACAAAUCAUAAUUUAAUAAGUUUUGGAUUAAUUGAUUCCAGAAUAACUAAGACAGCUAUACAAAAUAUUUAAACAGCCCUUGAAAAUGACAAAUUACAUAUAAUAAACUUGAACUUUUAGUACAGCUAUUUAACAUUAGAAUAAAUCUACUCUAUAAGAAAAGGAAUUCAAAAGAAUAAAACUCUUGUUAAAUUAGAUUUAAGUCACAAUGCUCUCGAUAGCAUUUCAGGUAUAGCUUUAGCAAAGGCUUUAAGAGAUAAUAUUACUAUAGCUCAUGUUAAUCUCUCACAUAAUCAUAUGAAAAAUUAAUUUGCUUUUGAGUUAGCUGAAACAUUAAAAGUGAAUUAAGUGUUAUUUGAAGUAGAUAUAUCAUACAAUCCAAUAGGUCCAGAAGGUGCUGAAGCUUUAGUUAAAGUUUUGCAUGAAGACAAUGAAUCACUAGAAAGUCUCGGAGAUAUUUAAGGAAUUAAUACAGAAAUGGGAGCAGUAAAUAUUUAACUUUUAAGAAGAGCUUUAAAAACAAAUUAAGUUAGUAAAGAUGUUAGAAGCAAGCUUUUAGCUUCAAGAAGAAAUAGAAAAGGAGACAACCCAACUGAUAUCAAUAUUAACUAAACAGAAUUUGAAGGAGAGAAAAAAGAUAUAGAAUCAGAAUUUGAAGACUAUAAAAUUUGCUAGCCAAUACUUUUUACUAAUGACCCCUAUCAGGAUCCUAGCAUAUUUUAAAUGUGGAACGUCUGA